ACAUCAUAAAUCAUGUAAAGUUUUAAUCUUUAUCGGUUUAGAAGAUACAUACAUAGAGAUUCUGUGUAUAUAAAUAUAUAUAUAUAUAGUUUGGCCGGAAAAAAUGGUGGUGAAUGUGAUAAAAUGGAGGCCAUGGCCGCCGCCGGUGGUGUCAAAGAAAUAUAAGGUGAAAUUGGUGGUGAAAAAAAUGGAAGGUGGGGGUAAUGAUCAAGUGCAUGCGGACACAGAGAAAAGAGUGGUGGAAAUCAGAUGGAAAGGACCAAAAAUAAGUUUAAGUACAUUUAGGAAAACAGUUACUAAGAGGAAUUAUACAAGGGAAGAAAAAGUUGUGGAGCCAAACGGUGUCGUUUUUUGGGAUGAAGAAUUUCAUAGUAUUUGUACACUUUCUGCUUCGUCCUCUUCCUCUUCUAAAGAUAAUUAUGCUUUUAAUCCUUGGGAGAUUGCUUUUACUGUCUUCAAUGGAUUAAGCCCAGGAUCUAAGAACAAGGUUCCUAUAGUUGGAACAGCAUCUUUGAAUCUUGCUGAAUAUGCUUCUGCUGCUGAAGAAAUGGAUCUUGAGCUCGUCAUUCCUCUUAACACUUCAUGUGUAGCAACAGAGACUUGCCCCUCUCUUCAUAUCCAACUUAGUUUGAUGGAGUGGAGAGCUGACCAAGAACCAGCAGAACCGUCACAAACUCAAAGUCAAACAUCAGAAAGUUCUGCAGGAGAAAAAGAUGAGCUUUCUGCACUCAAAGCUGGAUUAAGAAAAGUCAAGAUCUUUACCGAAUAUGUAUCAAUUAGGAGAGGAAAGAAAACAUCUCGUGAGGAUGAUCGCGAAAUUAGAAGUGAAGAGGGAGAUUAUUCUUCUUACCGUUUUGACUCAGACUCCUUUGAGGAUUCUGAAUAUGGCGAGUCAAAUGAAAUAAAAAAAGAUGAUGAUGAUAAUUUCAGAAAGUCAUUUUGCUAUGGAACACUGGCCUAUGCAAAUUGUACCACAGGGUCUCUUUAUGAAGACAGUAUUUAUUACAGUAAUAGAAAAUCUGAUGUUUGUUGUUCUCAAAAUGAUGACUCAAGUGCUUCUGUUUCUGAACCUUAUGUGAUCCAGAAUCCUAAGCGCGGUAUCUUUCCAUGGAAGAAGCGGAAACUAAACUUGAGAUCACCAAAAGCUAAGGGGGAGCCAUUGUUAAAAAAAGCAUACGCUGAAGAAGGUGGCGAUGACAUUGACUUUGACCGCCGCCAGCUCAGCUCCGACGAAUCUCUAGGGUGGCAUAUGCUGAAUGAUCGAUCUCCAAUAUCUGAAUUCGGGGAUGACAGUUUUGCUGUUGGAAGCUGGGAACAGAGGGAUAUAACUAGUCGUGACAGUUACAUGAAGCUAAAGACACAUGUUUUCUUUGCUUCAAUUGAUCAACGGAAUGAACGGGCAGCUGGUGAGAGUGCAUGCACCGCCCUUGUGGCGGUGAUAGCUGAUUGGUUCCAAAAUAACUGUGAUCUCAUGCCAAUUAAGUCCCAACUUGACUCUCUAAUUCGAGAAGGCUCGCUAGAGUGGCGCAAUUUAUGUGAAAAUGAAACUUAUAUGGUCCGUUUUCCCGAUAAGCAUUUUGAUCUAGAAACCGUCCUUGAAGCCAAUAUACGGCCCCUUGAGGUUGUUCCUGAAAAAUCUUUUAUCGGAUUUUUCCACCCUAAAGAAGUCGAAGAGGGUACGUUUGACUUUUUGGAUGGUGCAAUGUCCUUUGAUACUAUGUGGGAUGAGAUAAGUCGUGAAUCAGAGCCACGAGUCUACAUUGUGAGCUGGAAUGAUCACUUUUUUGUCUUGAAAGUCGACUCAGUGGCAUAUUAUAUCAUUGACACUCUAGGGGAAAGGCUUUUUGAAGGAUGCAAUCAAGCUUAUAUCUUAAAAUUUGACCGAAACACAGCAAUCUAUGCACUUCCUAUCUCUGAUUCUGGAUCUGAUGGUUCUACAAGAAAGUCAACCACUGAACCCGUGGAGUCGGUCAAGAAUCCGAGUGAAAAUGAGGUUAUAUGUGAGGGGAAAGAAUCAUGCAAGGAAUACAUCAAAAGCUUCUUGGCAGCCAUUCCUAUUAGAGAAUUGCAAGCAGAUAUGAAGAAAGGUUUACAUUCUUCGACACCAAUUCAUCACAGACUACAAAUUGAGUUUCAUUACACUAAGUUGCAACCACAACCCGUUGCGGUUGAUCCUGACCCAGUCCCAACCAAUGUCAUCCCAGUACUAGCAGUUGAUGACUCGGCAAACUCGGUUGCCACAUAGGAUAGUUUCACAUUUCACAACUGGCAAUAUGAGUUUUAGGUUUUUAAAGUUAAAACUAGGUUUUGUAUUACAAUUUCUUGUUUUGUUCUUUACCUUGAAUCUGUUCAUAAUUUUUAUGUUAAAACUACUGGAAUGGAAAAUGACAGAGAAUCUUAACUGUGUAGUCUCUCUUUCUAUCUUUGCAAAUAAAGAUGUUGAUUUUUUUUUA